AUGGGGCGGAUGGAUCUGAAAAUUGCAGUGGCCUUCAUCCUGCUGCUGUUUCUCUGCACUGAGGCUGCCAGUUAUCGGCUGCAGAAGCGAGAGGCUCAGGACUCAUUCUCCCAGAUCCAGGAGGUUGCCAAGAGUUACUGGGAGCGGCUGAAUUCAGCGGUCAAGGGCUGGCUGGACAGUGUCAAAUCUUGGGAAAUCUAUGAAAAAACCACAUCGGCUGCGGAGACCUAUACAGAAAUCCUGAAGGACCAGGUUUACCAUUGGUGGCAUGGGGAGCAGUAA